UAAAGAAAUUUUUAAAAAAGAUUGCACAUAGACAUGUUCAAGCUAGCAAUUCUUCUAUACGUGAUUAUUACUGGAAACCGAUACAGCUCUCUAGCAGAUCACGCUCCUUCUAUGUGCUUAUUACAAGAUCCUCCAAACCAAUGCGGGGAGUUCUGCCUUACUGCCUUGAAGCCUCUGAUCGAUCACAUUGCCAAUCACCAGGAGCUGUGGAACUCCCGAGAUGCGUUCAAAUUGAAUGAAACACAGACGAAUCUAGCCAGGAUUAAGGAACAACUGGAAGCCGUUCAAGGAACAUUGAAGGAUAUAAGCGCUGCGGAUUUCAAGGGAAGACUCACGCAAAUUGAAGACCACCAAACAGCCUUAGAAAGCCAACUUAAAUCUGUGCAGAUUAAGAUGGAAGCCCAACAAACAGCUUUACUGGAAUCCCUGUCCAAAGUUAACAAGAAAAGCAUACCGCCGAACUUCAAGCGGAUGGGCUCAAGGUUCUUUGACAUUGAGAGCAACCUUAAGCUGGAUUGGAAGAGUGCUGAGGACUCCUGUCGCCAGGUUGGUGGACACCUCGCCAUCAUCCAAAGCGGUGAAGAGUUCGCGGCCAUCAAUGCCAAUCUCGACAGGACUUCAAUCUACUGGCUGGGCAUUACCGAACACGCCAACCGAACUGACUUUGUGUCCUUAAAUUCCGACCAACUAGCACCUUUUUUGAAGUGGCAACCGGGUGAACCCAAAUACAUAGAUAAAUCCAGUCAUUGCGUGGUCAUCUAUAAAGGGCAAAUGUGGGUGGAUCCUUGCAAGCAGAAAGCUCUCUUCAUAUGCCAGGCGGACGAUGUGAUUUAGAGUACAGUAAAAUAUAUAUUGUCCUAUUUAUUUUAAAUUCAGAAUUAAGUUUGAGUUUUCCAAUAACUGUAGUAAUAGAAUAUAGGAGAGUCAAACACGCAAACAUUUAAAAAAUUGUAUGUAAUUGUAAUUGUACAAAAGAUACCCGUUCGAUUACAACAAUAUUUUGCACGUUGAUAGGUAUGGGCAAAAAAAUUAAGAAAAUAAAUAUAAUACUAAAUAUAAAUAAAUAUAUAUAACAGUAAAAUAAAUUCAUUAUUUCCAUGCA